AUUUUCCAUCAAAACACAUUCGUUUUCAUCCACUACAUUCGUUCAAACUCCUGCUAUCACGUCGAGAUGACUUUCCUCGCAAAGUUCCGCCUUGUGAUCCUCUUGCUCGCCAUGAUCGUGGUGGGCAAGAGCGUCGCCCUCAACGUCGACGCCUUCGACGAGUUCCACAAUGUUGUUGGUCGUGACGCUUACGGUGUUCAACGCUACCCGGGUAUGGCUGCUGAUCGCUUCGUUCACGUUGUUCGUGCUGUGGCCGAGGUUACUGGUGUUACCUUCACGGUUGGCGAUGGCAAGACCUCUGAGACCUCUACCGGUCUCACUGAUGUGACUCGCGUUACCUUCUCAGUCGAGCCCACCAGCACUGCGGAGGUCUCUUUCACUCCCACCGAUGUGACUCGCAUUACCAUUUCUAUCAAGCCCACCGGCACUUCCGAGGUUUCAACCACAGUGACGGAGACUGACACUGAGCCUUGCGGUGGUGAGGAGACUACCUGGACCUUCGACAUCUCUCCUACCAGCACUGUUCCUGCCUCUACUACCGCUUCGGAGACUGGUACCAAGGUGACUUUCACCAUCAACCCCACCAGCACUGCCACGGAGACUGAGACCGAAACCCAGACUGUGACCUGCUCUCACUCGUCCUCCCCUUGCCACACCCAGAGCACCACUUCCACCGGACUUGGUUUUACCAUUUCUCUCACCAGCACAAUCACCAGCACUUCUUCGGGAACCCAAACCCCUGUCACCUCUGGAAGCACCUUGGCCGUCAAGCCUUCGUCCACUCCCGGGGUCAAGGCCACAAGCACCAGCAGCUCCAUUGAGACCACCCCGCACAAGACUGGUACUGGAGUACUCGGUACAUCGACUGCUACUAUCACUUUCAACGGUGCCCACAAGCCGGAGGCCUUCAAUAAGCUGACCGUCAGCGGUCUGCUCCUCCUUGUCUUUGAGCUCAUUCUGUGA